AUGCACGGCUCGUUACGAACGCACAAGCAGCCUGAGAACCCGUUUGCUGCGCUCAUCCCUGAGCAGCAGUUUGCCAUCAUCCCCGAGUUCACGCUCGAGUCGGGCAUUGUGUUGAAGAAUGUGCCAGUUGCGUACACCGUACGAGGCACGCUCAACGCCAACGGCGACAAUGCCAUGGUCAUCUGCCAUGCGUUGACUGGCAGCGCCGAUGUCAGCGACUGGUGGGGGCCCCUUUUGGGCGGACCCGGGCAGGCCUUUGACGAGACGCGCUUCUUCAUCGUCUGCAUGAACAGUCUGGGCAGCCCGUACGGCUCGGCGAGUCCGGUCACGGCAAAGGACGGGAACCCAGAGAACGGACACUACGGACCCGAAUUUCCCCUGACGACAAUCCGCGACGAUGUCAACCUCCACAAAAUGCUGCUGGACGAUUUGGGCGUCAAGCAGGUUGCCGCUGUGGUUGGAGGAUCGCUGGGAGGCAUGUUUGUGCUCGAGUGGGCAUACUUUGGCAAAGACUACAUCCGAUGCAUUGUGCCCAUUGCCACGUCGAGCAGACACAGCGCAUGGGGCAUCAGCUGGGGGGAGGCGCAGCGCCAGAGCAUCUACGCGGACCCCAAGUACGACGACGGCUACUACGCCUUUGACGAUCCGCCGUCGACAGGGCUGGGUGCCGCGCGCAUGUCGGCGCUGUUGACGUACAGGAGCCGCAACUCGUUCGAGUCGCGCUUUGGGCGGAAUAUCCCCGACCCAGCCAAGGUGCAGACCAUCAGUGGACGGACGCGACCGGCGACGCCUGGCGAGGCGCACUUCCACAUCCACAACGACGGCCACAUUGUGAAGCGCUCGUCCAUUUCGCGCACCAACAGCGAGAGCACGAUUGGCAAGGGCGCGGCGCUCAUCGAGCAGGGCGUGUCGGCAGACCCCCAAUUCCACGGGCCCGCCUCGUCGUCCAACGGCGGGGGUCUGACAGGGGGCGACGCGGCGAUGCCGACGUCGACAUACUUCUCCGCGCAGUCGUACCUCCGGUACCAGGGCACCAAGUUUGUCAAGCGGUUCGACAGCAACUGCUACAUCGCCAUGACGCGCAAGCUGGACACACACGACGUGUCGCGCAACCGGGCGGCGACGAUUGGCGAGGCGCUGGCGCAGAUUGAGCAGCCGACGCUGGUGCUGGGGAUCGAGAGCGACGGGCUGUUCACGUUUGCGGAGCAGCAGGAGAUUGCCGAGCACGUGCGGGAUGCACGGCUGGAGCGCAUCGAGAGCCCCGAGGGCCACGACGCGUUCCUGCUGCAGUUUGAGCAGGUCAACCGGUACGUGCUGGGCUUUCUGAAGGAGGUGCUGCCGGACAUUAUGGGCAAGGGGGGCGUGACGCCCGAGGCGGUGUCGGUUGGCAAGCUCACAAAGUCGAGCACGUUUGGCGAGGCCGAGGUGGAGGACAUAACAGCGUGGUGA